AUGUCACACAUUGCCUCUGCACUACAGCAGUCCCGAACAUGGGUCCAGACCCGGCCUCGGACCAGGGACGGCUCCAAAACCAACAUGAACAUGAAGUUUCUUGUUUCCACCGAUGCGUCGCUGAUCCCGAUUCCGCAGCUGAACAAGGCUUUUGCGUCGGACGACAUGUACUGGGCAACGGCACUGCCGGAAACGGCCAUGAGAGAAAUGCUAGACAACUCGCUUUGCUUUGGGCUGUACUACGACGACGAUGGAUCGACGUCAACGUCAACGUCAGAGACAGCGUCAGCGACGGCGUCAUCGUCAGCGACAGGGUCAGCGUCAGGGUCAGCGUCAGCGACAGCGACAGCGACAUCGUCAUCGUCAUCGAAACUUGAAUCUGAUCCUCUAGUAGAACCCGAACCGAAACCGACGACCCUGAUCGGAUUUGCGCGCGCCAUCACCGACCGCGUCACCUUCUUCUACCUCACCGACGUCUACGUCGCGCCCGAGUGGCAGGGCCAAGGCCUGGGGGGCUGGCUCAUCCGAUGUGUGCAGGAGCUGGCCGAAGACAUGCCCUAUCUGCGCAGGACUAUGUGCAUCAUCGGCCACAAGGGGGACAAUAGCCCUCUGGAAUUCUACAGGAAACUGAUGAAGAUGGAGCCUCUGGGCGUGGGAGAUAAGGCUAUGGUUUUGUCUUGGAACGGUCCGGGGUGUGUUUUUUGA